CGAAUAGAGACGUUACUCGAAAAUAAAUAAAUAAAACGAGGCAAGCUGAGAGCGGGCGAUAGGGCAGAUUCGGAAGGGAAGAUCGGAAUGGAUGUGAUAAAGGAGCAGCAAAUAUCGGCGAGGCCCAUCGAUAAGGUGAUAGUGCAUCCACUAGUCUUACUCAGCAUCGUCGACAACUACAACCGAGUUGCCAAGGACACUCGCAAGCGAGUGGUCGGCGUCCUCCUCGGAAGCUCCUUCAAAGGAACCGUUGAUGUCAGCAAUAGCUACGCAGUGCCAUUUGAGGAGGACGACAAAGACCCAAGCAUAUGGUUUUUUGACCGUAACUAUCAUGAAGCCAUGUAUUCAAUGUUCAAAAGAAUCAAUGCCAAAGAGAAUGUGGUGGGCUGGUAUAGUACGGGUCCAAAGUUACGGGAAAAUGACUUGGAUAUUCACCAAUUAUUCCACAACUAUGUCCCAAAUCCGGUCUUAGUCAUCAUUGAUGUUCAACCAAAAGAGCUGGGUAUACCUACCAAGGCGUACUUUGAUGUAGAAGAGGUUAAAGAGAAUGCUACUCAGAAAAGCCAGAAGGUUUUCAUUCAUGUUUCUUCUGAGAUUGCUGCUCAUGAAGUUGAGGAAAUUGGAGUGGAACACUUGCUAAGGGAUGUGAAAGAUACAACCAUUAGCACACUUGCAACCGAGGUUACCGGUAAGCUAACAGCCUUAAAGGGUUUGGAUGCACGGCUAAGAGAGAUACGCAGUUACCUCGAUCUUGUUGUUGAUGAGAAGCUUCCAUUAAAUCACGAAAUACUAUACCACUUACAGGAUGUCUUCAACCUCCUUCCCAAUCUUAACGUAGCUGAGUUGAUCAAAGCCUUUUCAGUGAAAACAAACGACAUGAUGCUGGUAAUAUAUCUUUCUUCUGUCAUUCGAAGUGUAAUCGCGCUCCACAACUUGAUCAAUAACAAGAUGCUAAACAAAGAACACGAGAAAGCGGAGGAUGCCAAACCAGCAGCAGUAUCCGCUGGCAACGGAAGCUGAAUGCCAAGCCUGUGGUGAUGUGUUUUAAUUCGGGCAAUUCGAUAGACUUCUUACUUAGUUGAGCUUUGAGAGCCUGUGGAGCGGACCCUGUUCGUUCUUUGGUCAUAAAAGACCGCUCAAAAUUUUCAGUCCCAAUCUUGCCAUUGAUUUACCAGCAUUCGAAUUCGAUAAUUUGAAUUUGAUGCAUUGAACUAUGUAGGAGAAAGUUUUAAUCAAAUAUUAAGUUUCUGUUGAGUUUGGUCUUU